AUGGUAUCGGCUGCGGCGGGAGAGUUGAGGGCUCCCACGGUACUUAGCAAGAAGCGUCCUGGAGAAGCAGUCUCGUCGAUGGAAUUCGGUGCAACAGAGAUGCGUCUGGAGACUUCCGCGCUGACGAUAAGGUUGCUGACAAUAGCCGGGCCAGAUAGCUGGAGUGUGUCUCGUGACCUCGAGGUCGGAACAUCCCAAGCGGUCAGUGGCGAGCUUGGAAACUUGUUCGACCGUAACGUUACGGGAGAUCCUCGAGAGAAGUCAUCAAACGAGGACGUUUUCACCAAGGACGGCAAGGACCUCGACGACCCCGCUCGAGUGAGGUUGCUUCUACGGAAGCUCAGCACGCCCGUCCACGAAAAAUACUCCAACACGGUUCUUCCCAACCAUCCCCGGGAUUUCACGCUGGCGGAGACCGUCGCGAAGCUCAAGAAGCUUUUCGGCCGGCAGAAAUCCGUUUUCCAUGCCCGUUACCAGUGCUUGCAGUACGCCAAGAACGACGCGGAUGACUUCACGACCUAUGCUGCCACGGUGAACAAACACUGUGAAGUGUUCCAGCUCUCCAAGCUUUCCUCGGACCAGUUCAAAGCGCUCCGGUUCGUCUGUGGACUCCAAUCGCCACGGGACGCGGACAUACGAGCCAGACUGAUCUCCAAGCUUGAAGCCGACGAAACCGUAGCUGUCGAAGCAGCCGCAGCAGGCAAGGAUGCACGAAACGUCAACAUUUCCGGGGACAACCACUACGUUCGAGAGUGUCCGUUCGCUUCGCACACCUGUUCCAGAUGCAAGCAACAAGGACACAAAGAGGGCUAUUGCUCCAGCAACAAGCCCACCCCCUCGAAGCAGACGAAGCCAAAGGAGAACAUGAGGUCGAAAGGUCUGCAACAUCGGAAGCAAGCGGAACACGACUCGGCGUCCGACAUCACCAUCAUUUCGCAAGAAACUUGGACCAGCAUCGGACAGCCAGCCGCUCGACCCACCGACGAAUCUGCUGUCACGGCUUCCGGAAGCAACCUCAACCUUCUCGCCGAGUUCCAAAACGAGAUCACCAUCGGAGGCGUCACCAAGCGUGAACGCAUCUUCAUCUCGGACCGCGCCGAACUCAACGUCCUUGGCAUCGAGACGAUGGAUCUUUUCAAUCUGUGGUCUAUUCCGAUCAACAACUUGGUCAACGCCGUGCACCAACGCCCCGACCAAGUCAUCGAACAACUCAAGCAGCAGUUUCCGGAGGUGUUCAGAAGCACGCUGGGUAGAUGCACCAAAGCGCAGGUGAAGCUGUACCUCAAGCCCGACGCACGUCCAACCUACUGCCCGAAGCGACCAGUGGCGUACGCCGCUCUUCCGAAGGUGGACGCAGAACUGCAGCGGCUCCAGGACAACGGUAUCAUCUCGCCAGUUCAAUUCUCGGACUGGGCAGCUCCGAUAGUCGUCGUGCGCAAGGCGGACAACGUCUCCGUCAGGAUUUGCGGUGACUAUUCGACGGGGCUGAACAACGCGCUGGAAUCUGACCGUCACCCGCUGCCUCACCCCGACGACCUCUUCGCGGAACUGCACAACCGACUGCCGCCUGGAGUCAAGCCGGCGCCUGGAGCCUUCCAGCGCAUCACCAACAGCAUGGUUGCCGGCAUUCCUGGAGUCAAGACGUACCUGGACGACAUCCUCAUCGCUGGCCGCACCAGAGAGGAUCACGAUCGCAGUCUUCCCGCUGAUCUCGAGCGCGUGCUUGAGUAUGGUUUUCACUUACGCAUCGAAAAGUGCCGUUUCGCCCUGUCACAGAUCAAGUCCCUCGGACACAUCGUGGACAAAGACGGCAUUCGGCCCGAUCCAUCCAAGACGGAGGCCAUCGCCCAGAUGCAGCCGCCGAAGGAUGUCCAGCAGCUGAGCUACCUCGGCGCAAUCAACUACUACGGACGGUUCGUGACGCAGAUGAAGCAGCUCCGGGCUCCCCUGGACAACCUGCUCAAGAAGGACGCACCCUGGCGCUGGUCCGUAGAAUGCCAGAAAUCGAGAUCUUUGUCGCAGCAGAUGCAUCGAAGUACGGCCUCGGCGCACGCCUCUCGCUCACUGACGCCAGCGGAGAUGAACUACGGACAAGUGGAGAAGGAAGCCCUGGCCUUGGUUUUCGCUGUCACGCGAUUCUACAAGAUGCUGUACGGAAGCCACUUCCUCCUGAAAACCGACCAUCAACCGUUGCUCAAGGUAUUCGGCUCGAAAAAAGGCAUUCCUGACUACACGGCGAAUCGUCUUCAACGCUGGGCCUUGAAGUUCCUGCUUUACGACUUCGACAUCCAGCACGUUUCGACGACGGCUUUCGGCUACGCUAAUUUCCUCUCCCGGCUGAUGUCAUCCCAAAGCCGGCCAGACGAGGAUUACGUGAUUGCCGCCGUCUACGUCCAUUCCGAAGCCAGAGCCAUCCUCGACGACUCAAUCAGCAACCUUCCAGUUACUCACAAGAUGAUCGUGGCUGAGACGCGAAAGGAUCCAGUUCUCCAGCAAGUGGUGAGUUUCCUCAACGAAGGUUGGCCAGCGAGCGCCAAGCUUUUUGCUGACCCUGACGUCAGAAAGUUCUUCGCCCGGCGCGAUGGACUCCAAGUCGUCGACGACUGUGUGAUGUUCGGCGAUCGGAUCGUCGUGCCCCUCAAGUUCCGCAAACGGAUCAUUCGCCAACUGCAUCGCGGACACCCAGGGAUGGACCGCAUGAAGUCUCUGGACCGCAGCUACGUUUACUGGCCGAACGUAGACGACGAUGUGCUGCAGUUUGUUCGCCAGUGCAAACCGUGCGCUGCUGCAGCGAAAUCCCCGACGAAGGCGACCCUCGAGUCGUGGCCUCUCCCGGACAGGCCGUGGCAACGUGUCCACAUCGACUACGCUGGACCAGUCGAUUGUUACUACUACUUCGUCAUCGUGGAUGCCUACUCCAAGUGGCCCGAGAUCUUCCGCACUCGUGCCAUAACCGCAACUGCAGCCCUGGACAUGCUUCGUGAGACCUGUUCCCGUUACGGCAACCCGGACGUCCUGGUCUCAGACAACGCAACGUAG